UCAAAAUCAAAUUGGCACUUCUGUCACAAAUUUUGGCACUUUCUGCUUUUGUGGGUUCUGCUUGGUCUUGAACAUUUUAGUCUCUUCAAGUGUGUUGUUUUCAUAUUUACUGGUUCUGGGUUUCUUAAUGUUUCCUUGCCUUGUGUGUGGACUUUUCUAUGUCUGUGUUUUGUCUUUAGAUAUAUGUCAUGUCUAUUGAACAAUUAUGACAAACCAAUUGACUCACUCCAGUGGCCUCUGUUGCAUGUCCUCCAAGGAGCUCUGGGUCAAGAAGUAGCUUCUUCUAUGGAGAUUUCUGCCUUCAGAGGGUUGCCUCAACUGAUUGAAAGCCAAUCUUUUAAAGUGGAUAUUCAACAGGGAUUGGAGGACCCCAGUUUCUUCAAUCAGUGGCAUAUGAACUCUGUUGAUGAGUUCGGCAUAUUACCACUUGCAGCUGCAUUUGGGGAUAACUUGCAGCAGUCUUUCUCACACCCAGCCUUCAAUCUCAAAAAUGUUAUGGAAACCUCUCAUGUAGACUCUGAGAGGCCUGUGAAACUACUAAAACCAAAUGGCUGGAACUCUGGCAAAACUGAAAUUAUGCAGAACCCACAAACUGCUUCUUCUCCCAAUGUUCUCUCCUUUGUCAGUCCGAAUAGCAUGGAGAAAAUGGGGUUUGUGAAGCCUAAGGAGGAGGUGAUGGGUAAUAAGAGCAUCAAUACAGAGAAAAUGAUGAUGUCCCAUGGUUCCUUUGGGAACCAAGGUCAUGUUCAUAAUUCCAGCCGGGGAACUAAAAGGAUUGGCACGAGCACUAGGCUUUCUGACACUCAAGAUCAUGUCAUAGCAGAGCGAAAAAGGCGAGAGAAGCUAAGCCAGCGAUUCAUCGCUUUGUCAGCCAUAGUUCCUGGACUCAAAAAGACGGAUAAGGCCUCUGUUCUUGGAGAUGCUAUAAAGUAUUUGAAACAACUGCAAGAGAGAGUCAAGGUACUCGAGGACCAGACAAGGAAGAAAACUAUGGAAUCAGUGGUGUUUGUGAAGAGAUCCCAGAUUUUUUGUGAGGAUGAGAACUCCUCUUCAGAUGCAAAUAUACCAAGUGGACCCUUGGAUGAACCAUUACUGGAACUCGAAGCAAGAUUUUGCGAAAAAAAUGUCUUAAUUAGAAUUCACUGCGAAAAAAGGAAAGGGAUUCUGGAGAAAACAGUGGCUGAAAUUGAGAAACUCAGCCUCACUGUCAUCAAUAGCAGUGUCAUGACCUUUGGGACUUCUACUCUUGAUGUUACUCUCAUUGCUCAGAUGGAUGCAGAAUUCAGCAUGUCAGUGAAGGAUCUCGUGAAAAGUCUACGAUCAGCGUUCAAGUUGUUUAUGUGAUGAAGAAGAAUCUAAAAUCUCUACUUAAAGUUUACCAUAUCAUGCAGCCUACCAUAAACUAUGGAAAGAUAGGGAUAAUCUUAGUUAUGCGUUCAAUCGGUUCAAGUGUUUGUUUACCAAAGUUGUUGUGCACAAGGCCUGUAAUGCUCCAGCACCAUAGAUUACUACUACGUACUACUACCACCCUUUUCAGAUUGUUUGCUGUGUAGUCCAUUUUGCAGGAAGGGUUUUUUGGGUCUGCCAGUUUUUUUGCAUGGUUACUACUUGUUUUUCAUGUUGAAUACCCUGCUGUUCCAAAAGAGUGACCUUACAGCUUGUUUGGGUUUUUUGUCCUCUGGGAACUAUGUGUCCCUAAAGUCGUUGAAAAGGGAGACUGUUUUUUUUUUUUCUUGGUCUGUAGGGCAAACAAGGCUUUGUCGCUGUACUUUGUUUGGUUAGUGUCUUAGACUUUAGAGGCACCUUGGAUACUCUCCCUAACUCUUUUUCCUUCAGUUCCAUCUGAGUUUGUAACAAGUUUGUUGAAGUUAAUGUAAUAAUUCUCUCCAAACUUUCCAUGUUUUGGUUCAAU